UAUUUUUCAACGCAAACAAGCUUCGGUUCUAUUUUAACUUUUACCAGGAGUCACUGCUUUAUUUUGGAAGGUUUUGAGAUGUUGUUGGACAAGCUAGCAUAUUUAUAUUCUCAAACCAUAGCUUUAAGUUUCAAAAUUAGUGACUGAUGUUUCAACAUGGGUGCAGUAAAAAUUAAAAGACUUCUCAUUAUCGGCAUUGUAUUUGUAAUUAUCACUUUCUAUUUAUUUUCGACGCAGUUUAACGCAAAGAAAGUUGAGCUUGUUAAAGGAAGUUUUAUGCAAGUGAAUCUCAAUAUUAUAACUAAUACAAUCUCGAAUUGGUUAGGCGAACGUGUCUUAGGCAUUUCAUAUGAAAAACGGUUCUGCAAGCAUGUGACAAAAUGGAACAGUAGUAGUAAAUAUCCGCCAGUAAAGAUUGUGGCACAACAGUUAAAUAUUCAUGAUGGUGAUAGCAUUUUUAUUAAUGGCCUUCAUUGCGGCGAGUGGGCUGUUGCGUUGAAAGGUACCUUUCCAAAUAUUAAACUGUAUGGAGUCGACAAAGACCCUGAUUCUAUUGAAUAUGUACGUAAACUUGUUAAUGGAACGUUUGAGAUUUCUGAACCAUUUGAACUGCAUAAAUCGAGUUUUACGGUUUCAUUUGAUCAUGGUAUUGUGGAUGGAAUUAUUUCAGUUUAUUCACCAGAUCUGCAAUGCAAAACAGUUAAACAAAUGAUUCCCAUGUUAAAGGCGGGAGGCUCUAUGUACAUUGGUAAAAAUUUUGAACAGUGUGAGGAAAAAGCAGUGGAAAGCCAGCUGCUAACAUAUUUGCAUAUUCAGGUUCUGUCAGAUUGUUAUUGGAGCAAGAAAUGCUUGCAUGGACGACCCGAUCUUGUUGAGAUUUUGUAUUCUGAAGAAAGUCGCAUGCUGGAUGAUGAAGUGAAGUCCGAAACUCCCCUCGAUUAUAAAAAAGAAGAACUUUUAAACGAAAUGUCUAGAUGUGCAACGUCCAUAUUUAUUUACAAACAUAUAGUUAUAUCACCAGAUAAGAAAUCUAAUUUAUUACCAGCUUCAAAGUACGUUAGUCAUAAACAUGAUCAUAAAUGUACACACUCUGAGACUGUGAAUUCUACUAAUUUAAAUAAAUUAAUUGAUAGAGAAGGUAUUAAGAAAGCUGUUAUGGACAUGAAAAUUAAAGGGCUGGACAUGCAUUAAACUUACGUGACUUAAACUUGACUUUUUAGGCAAAAUUAAAUAUACGCUAAAAAAUUUAAUUUAAUUUCGCUUGUUUUUGUUUGUUUGUUGGGUGGUUUGUUUAUACUAAAUUUCAGGCCAGAUUUAAUCAAUUUACAGGUAAAUAGAGUGACUUAAAUCAGAAAGUGGGUUCUAACCGCCAACCCGACUUUUUGGAUUUUACCUUUCACUCUCUUAUUAUUUCUAAACUCUUUUAUUUCCCUAGAAUUUUCGCGCGAUAACAACAUGAACGUAUUUCGCGCAUAAUAUCCAAGUGACAAGAGGAAGGACUUUAGACAAGGUUAUAAAUACCUUUUUGGGAACUGUAGAAUUAUCCUAUUUUUGUUAAAUUCGUAAAAAAAGCUUUUAAAACACCUUUUCGUAAUCAGUUCUGUUUCUUAAAAAAUUUAUCAUUUUGCGACUAUUAAAUUUUACGUGCAUUUAAUUCUCCCGCACUAACAAACGUUUUUGCGACCGCUCGAAAAAUAAUAUAUGCAAAAGAAAAGUAUAGUAUAGUUGUCCUUUUCCACCAAAAGGUGGGAAGGGUCAAGCUCAGGGUUGAGAAUAUGGCAAUGGGUUAGAGCCGACAAGUAUGCUCUGAUUUCUUCUAUUUAUGUGAAUAUUUGUUAUAAAGAAAAACAAAUAAGCAAAUUUCUAGUAAUAAUAAUAAUACGCCCACAAAACGAGUAUUCUUGUGGUACUACCUAAAAAAAUUGUUUUGAGUUUUUAAUGUUUAAUCCUUUUUAAUUUUGUUAUAGAAAGAAGUAUAUGUAUACAAAAUUUCAAAA